AUGAUCGUGUUAGGCCAACAUGCUCCGCUGAAAGCUUGGCCCUGGCAGGCCUACGUUGAGUCAGACACCCAUAGGUGCGGCGGGGUGCUCAUUGCGCACCAUUGGGUCCUCACUGCUGCGCACUGCGCUAAAUCUGUUAAAUUCGUGGAUUUUGGCGUGAACGACCUUAACCACAGAACUUCUGACUCACGGAGAGUCGCCGUGAGAGCCGAGUUCGUUCCACACGUUUGGUCCACUGAUUAUCUGGAUGACAUAGGCUUGAUCCAGUUGGCCAGCCCCGUGCCUUUCAAUGAUUUCAUCAGUCCGGCCUGCCUUCCACGCGAUAGAGAAGACUUUUACAUCUCAGAUUUCUGCUAUGCGACUGGCUUCGGUGCCUCGUUCCCCGCGACCUCUCGUCUGCAGCAGAUCAAAGUGAGAGUUGUUCCACAGAAGAGCUGCAGAUACGCCUGGAAGCUCACCGGAAACCCUUUCAUCAAUGAGGGACACGUCUGCGUCGACGCUCUGGAUGUGCACCAAAAGGCGAGCAUGUGUCAUGGGGACUCUGGGGGGCCUCUAAGUUGCCUGGUCAGAGGGAAGUACUUCGUCAUAGGCGUGGCCAGCUUCAUCUACCAGGGAUGUAACGGCACGGUCAUACCUAACAUCUUUACGCGGGUGUCUCACUAUGUCGACUGGAUUAAGCACAUCGUACGCGCCAACUGA